AUGGCUUCCCUCACACAAGCCCAAGGCCCGCUCCAAAUUCGCCACCACAUCACUCAUCGUGGGCCGAUCCUUCCCUUCCAAAUGCACGCAGUGCACCGCCGUGUACGCCACCAGCUCCACCGCCUCCGCCUCCUCCGGCCCAGGCGGGCCCACUCUCGAGUCCAAAACCCGGCCCAAUUCCCCUCCCACCACUGCAGGCACCGCAUAGUCCACCACACUAACUGGGCCCUCUUCCCCCGUCUUGAAAAUGGCCCUCUUACCCGUCAGCAGCUCCAGCAGCACAACCCCAAGCCCGUAAACAUCGCUCUUCGCAGUCAGCACGUUCAGCCCAUAAUACUCCGGGUCGAUAUACCCAACUGUCCCCGCCGCCUUCUCGGGCCUGUAAAACCCACCACCACCCUGCGGGCCCAUCAGCGAAAGCCCGAAAUCAGAAACCCGCGCGUCCCAAUUCUCGUCCAGCAGUAUGUUAGACGAUUUAAUGUCCCGGUGGAUUAUAGGCGGGACUGCGUAGCUAUGGAGAUACUCAACCCCGCGGGCCCCACCCAACGCUACCUUAAUCCUCAUUUUCCACGAAUUUAA